ACGUAACGUAAACACUUUGUUUUGGGUGGGCGGCUCGUUUGGCGCAUUUUUUCGUGAGUUAUUAAAAUGCGAUAAAAGCCAGUGAAUCGAACCCGUUGAACGCGUUGGUUUCUCCAAGUGCAUUAAAUAAAAACCGAAACGAAACAUAAAUCCGAAUAAAUCAAAGAUAAAUCGAAGCCAAAAAUCAAAAGAGCGAGUCGAAAAUGUUGACCUGCGUGUGUCGACCCGUCUCCGGCAAUCUGCCCAAGAUGCCGCCCGCCUCGCUGAUGCCCGCCCACAGGGCAUCCUCAUCGGCAUCGUCAUCAUCAUCGACAGCCUCCUUGGCCUUUGUCAGCCCCACGCGAGGAGUGGUGGUGACCUCUGAGCCCAAGCUGAAUGUGCCCAGCAGGCUGACGUCAGCCGAACUGAGGGCGAUGGCAUUGAGACAGCAGCAGCAAAUCGACAGCCAGCACCAGCUGCUGGCCACCAAGGAGCAGCGCCUGCGCUUCCUCAAGUCGCAGGAGGUACGCAGCGCAGUGGCCAGCGCGGAGGGCGAGCGGCUCCGCCGGCUGCGGGAGCGAGUGGAGGCCCAGGAGUCCAAGCUGCGCCGCCUGCGAGCGCUGCGGGGUCAAGUGGACUUGCAGAAGACCUACAAUGUCACACUGAGCAAUGACUUGGACUCGAUUCGUGCGCUGUUUAGCGAGAAGGAGAAGGAGCUCAGUCUGGCCGUGGCCAAGGUGGAGGCUUUGACCCGACAGCUGGAAGAGUUACGACGUGACCGUCGAUGUCCGGUGAAUAUUUUGGCAGCAGCUGGCAACGGAGUUGGCCAAGCCCUUCCCCCGCAGGCAUCCCGCGAGCUGGAGAAGCUGCGCCGCGAACUGAUGUACCGAAAUCAGUUGUCGCUGCAGCAGGAUGCACGGCUGCACAUGCAACGGGAGGCAUUGCAGCAAAGGCAGGCGGAACUCCGGUCAGUGGACCAGCGCAUCUACGAGCUGCAGACGCGCCUGCAGCGCAAGAAGCAGGCCAACACCCAUCACCAGCAGCAGCAGCAACAUCAACAGCAGCAACAACAGCCGACGGUACAGCAGCAGCAGCAGCAGCAACAGCAACUGCAUGUUCAGUCUGCUCAAUUGCUGGCGGCUGCAGCAGCAGCAACUGUGCAACAGCAACAGCAACAUCAGCAGCAGCAACAACAGCAGCAGCAGCAGCAACAGGCCUUCCAGCAACCCGCUAACACUCUCGCCAAACAUGGCGGAGUGGCUGCCCUUAAGCAGCAAUUGCUGCAGAAGCAGGUCAAUCAACUGGCAGCUGCUGCCGCCGCUGCUGCCGCUGGACGAGCCCGUGGCAAUGUGGCCGCCGUGGAGCCCUUUAUCCACACCCCCCAGAAGUCCACCAUCACGAGCACGGCCAGCUAUUUAAGUGGUGGGAUGAAGCAUGCAGCGGCCACGGCCAAUACCAAUCAGCAGAACCAGCUCAUCCAGGAUUUGACGCACGUUAAGCUGGGACAAAACAGUGGUUUCUUUGCCGGAUCCGUGCCAGUGCCAGUGGGCAAUUCCAGUAGCGAAAGCGAUGAAUCCAAGUUGGCCAAGAAGCUGCUGGCAGCUCCGGCCAAAACGGAGGCUGAAUUGCGGAAGCAGGCUCAAACGGAGGCCAUGGAUAGUACCACACAUAUAUACGCGGAAGUGGGACCCAAGAAACGAGAUCGAGAAGCAGCAGCAGCAGCAGCAGCAGCGGCGGCGGCAGCAGCAGCAGCUCAGGCAGCUGCAGAGGCGGCCAACCAGGCCAUAGUUGCAGCAUCCACGACAUCUCCACCCUCCUCCGCGAAUGCCAGUAAAAUCCCCGAAAGCAUCUCCUCGACCAACAGCAGCAGUUCCGCCUCCGCCUUGAUAAGCAAACUCAACCAGCAGGCGACGGCAAAGGAGAACCAGGAUCAGCAGCAGUCGCAGGCCAAGAAGAACGAGAUUUCGGUGACCAGCGAAACCCUAUCCGAACGCAACACACAGCAGCAGCUCACCGUGCACAGCAUGCCCUUGGGAGCGAUAAGCAAGUCGGUGGCCCUCGCCGUGUCCAAUGCCUCCAAGCCGCUCCAGGUGCAAGUGAGCAAUGUGGCGGUGCCGCCACGAAAGCCCAUCAGCAGUGUGGCGCCCACUUCGGUGACCAGCGGCAGCUCCAUACCCAAGAUGAUAACCUACAGCCCCAAGGUAAACCGCGUGGCGCCCAAUGUGGUGAUGACGGAUCCCCGUCCGGCCCUGCCGCCCAAGCCCAGCAAAAUGUCGCCCACAGAACAGCCGUCUCCAGGGGAAGCCAGUACAUCGGGAUCCACAGUAGGAGUAUCAGCCGGAGGCGGAGCGCCUACAUCAACUACAACGAAGCCGCAAACGGCCACCUUUGGCCUGCAGUCCCUGAACAUCAACGACAACUUGCCCAUCAAGGCCAAGCCACUCACCAUCCGCAAGCAACCGCUCUUCGAGCAGCCCCGUCUGAAGUCCAGCCAAUCCAAUGGACAACAGAAGCCUGCCCUACUGCAGUUGCAAAGCCAGCGAAAAUCUGACCAGGCAGUUAGACAACAAACGGAAAACUUGCAAGACACCUCCCCCCAGCACUCGCCGAGUAGUGAAUCCAGCGCAGAUGAAACGGAUCGCAUGGUGGCCCCCACCAUUGCAACCAGUCAGCAGGAGACGUCAACAUCCGCGUCAGCCAACGUGACAGCGACGACAACCAGCAACAUCAAGGAGCGAACGGGAAAUGGAAAACCCAAAUUGGCGAGGAGAGUAAGCUUCGAUCCAUUGGCCCUCUUGCUGGACGCCAGUCUGGAAGGAGAACUGGAACUGGUCAAGAAGACGGCCAUGCAAGUGGCCAAUCCCAGUGCGGCGAACGAUGAGGGGAUUACAGCUCUCCACAAUGCCAUCUGUGCCGGCCACUUUGACAUUGUCAAAUUCCUGGUUGAGUUUGGCUGUGACGUGAACGCCCAGGACUCGGAUGGCUGGACGCCACUGCACUGCGCCGCCAGCUGCAAUAAUCUGUCCAUGGUGAAGUUCCUGGUGGAGAGCGGUGCCUGCCUGUUUGCCUCCACAUUGUCGGAUCACGAGACGCCGGCUGAGAAGUGCGAGGAGGAUGAGGAGGGCUUUGACGGCUGCUCCGAGUAUUUGUACAGCAUCCAGGAGAAGCUGGGCAUCUUGCAAAAUGGUGACGUGUACGCCGUCUUCUCCUACGAGGCCCAGAAUGGCGAUGAGCUCUCCUUCCACGUGAACGAACCUCUGGUCGUACUGCGCAAGGGCGACGAUGCCGAGAACGAGUGGUGGUGGGCACGGAAUGCCGGCGGCGAGGAGGGCUACGUGCCACGCAACCUCCUGGGGCUGUACCCACGUGUGCCGCCGCAUUCGCCGCACUUCAGCGAUUAGCAGUUAAUACGCUUCACCAUACUGAAGCGCAAGGCCGGCCGACUCAUCCAGAAGCACUACAUAUCCAAGUACAUCUAGGGACCCUAGCUGAUUCUGGGCACGUGCCACCGCAGGAGUCAUCGGGGAAUUAUUUAUCACGGCCCCAUGUUUCUUUCUGUUUACUUUUUGUUUGGGAAAAGCAACACAAAGGACGAGAAAUGAGGAAUGAGGAAGGAGGCGAAGCAUCUGAACGAGGCUCUCCAUAUGCUCAUCCAUAUGGAAUGGAACCGACUGCACCAGCAGCAGCAGCAGCAACAGCUUCCGCCCGAGUCAUUUAUCCCGACGACUGGCCUCAAUUAGCCCGGCUUUCGCACAAAGUUCAGCACACACAGCACACAUAUCACCCACAUAUCACCCUCUUACCACCACCCCCCUGCAUACGUACAACCGCAAAUUGAAUUUCACUUAAGCUCCUUAGCUUUAAGGCCUAGACUAAUAACUCAUAUCAGCCGCCUGCUCGCCACAAAAACUUCACCUUCAAGUUUCUGCAACAAAAAAGUUCAAAUUGGAAAAUGGAAAAUUAGAAAUUAGAAAUUCCUGCCCAUCCACCCACACACACGCACACACACUCGCAGAAUGUUUCAUCUACGGACAGCUGAAGGAGUUUGUUAAUUGCAUAUAUCAAGUUAGUACUUAAACUUAAAUUGAACUCGAACAAAGUUCACACAAAUCGAAAGAAAACAUUUUAACACGGAUAAAAGAUAACAGAUAACAGAUAACAGAUAACAGAUAACAGAUAACAAAACUGACACCACACAAGGAGAAUACAUAAUGAAUCGAAUGUGAUUUUUGUAUAAAGACGAGAAUAAUUUAAACAAUUUGUAUCGAAUAUGAAAAUGUAAAUUACAUAAAGCGGAUUCGUUGACAAGUAAUCGCAUUAUAGGCUAAACCUUCUAAUUUAACUUAAUUUAAUUACACCUAAUGUAUCGAUUGCUUAAUACCUAGCGUUUAAGGACCAGCCCACAUUAAAAUGCAAAUAUGUUUGAAAAAUGAAAAUAAAACGAUUAAGAAAGCUUAA